UUGAAAUGCAAGGCUGGCAAAUUGGUUGGCCAACAAAGCAGGCGGGGAAUUUUCGUUGAAAGAAAGGGAGUAUGUCGGGAGACCCAUCUAGCACAGCAUCAUUGAAGAAAAGUCUUCGAAGCGAACGGACCUAACUAUGGCAGGAGGGAAAUCAAGCAAAAAUCAAGAUUCCGGCAAGGGAAAGUCAAAUAAGACGGAGGACUCUGGCAAGGAAAAGGCAAAUCAAACGGAGGACUCCGGCAAGGAAACGGCAAAGCCCAUGUCCCGAUCGGCUCGCGCUGGCCUCAAGUUUCCGGUCGGACGCAUCCACCGUCAUCUGAAGAGCCGCACCACAUCCCAUGUACGGGUUGGGGCCACGGCAGCAGUUUACUCUGCCACCAUAAUGGAGUACUUGACCUCCGAGGUGAUCGAAAUGGCUGGAAUGGCUUCGAAGGACCACAAUGCGAAGCGUAUCACGGCUCGGCACUUGCAGCUCGCCAUUCGCGGCGAUGAAGACCUCACCAACCUGGUCAAGGCAAUUAUUCCUGGUGGCGGCGUCAUUCCGCACAUACAUGCGCCACUGCUGCCCAAGGACGAAGAGAGCCCGGGACCAGAGGACCCGGAACCGGAGAAAAGCCAAGAAGAGGAAACUGACGAGGAAGCAGAGAACGAAGAUGACGAAAAAAAAGAAAAGAAGGCCGAAUAGAAACUGCAGAUGACUUAAUCGAAUCAUUUGACACAUCAUUUGGGCUAUUCUAUUUUAUAUAACAAUACCAUUUAUAAUUAAAUAUCAUAUCAUAUUCUUCAUAAUU